AUGAGCACAGGCCCGGACUACCCCGAGCCCCCAUCCCACGAACCCCUAAAUCCAUAUCAAAGCCGGGAUAUAUAUGGUGAUAGGCAUGGGCAUGGGGACACACACCCGUCAUUUGGGAUGGGUCCAGAAAGCAACCAAUCCCCAGAGCCGCACGACACCCCCGGCGAUACUAAACGAUCGCGUGCAUGCGAGCCCUGCCGACAGCUCAAAGUGCGCUGCGACCCAGACCCGGCGCACCCGGAAGGGUCAUGCAAGCGGUGCGCGAAAGCGCGACGGACGUGCGUUGUGACUGCGCCUACCCGCAAGCGGCAGAAAAAAACCGACAGCCGGGUAGCGGAGCUAGAGCGAAAGAUCGAUGCUCUGACGGCGACGCUGCACGCAUCGCAUUCGACUGGUGCGUUGUUCUCUAGUGGAGCAGGGCAGCAAGCACCACCGACGGGACAGCGGGAUGAGCAGCUGGCUGGUCGGAGAUGGUUGGGUGGGGAGUCGAAGGUGGCUGGAAUCAAGCGGCAGCACACUGGCGAAGUUAAGGAUUUGUCUGGGGGGUUGCUGGCGCCGCGGUAUUCGCGGCCAGGCAGUCCCUCUGCGGAGCAGAUUCCUACCCAAGCGUCGAAGCAUUGGCGCAGACCUGUUGCUGGUGACUCUGCGCCGCCGAAACAUGACGCUGGGAAUGAGUUUGCCGAUAUGAUCGACCGGGGGAUUGUAGAUUACGAGACUGCCAGCGCGGCGUUUGAGCGGUAUAUCCAUAAGAUGGCGCCAGAGAUGCCUUUCGUUGUUUUCCCGCCGGGCACCACGAUGGGCGAGGUUCGGCGUAACAAACCUUAUUUGUUUCUUGCCAUCAUUGGCGCUGCCAUUGGAAUCUUUAAUCCGGACGCUCAGCCUAUCCUCAUUAAUGAGGCAUAUCGCCUGAUCGCCGAGCAUGUUGUUAUCAAAGGUCAAAAGUCGCUUGAGCUUGUUCAGACUAUAAUGGUCUGUUCUAUCUGGUACCUGCCACCCGAUAACUUCGAGGAACUCAAGUUCUAUUCUUUGACUCACAUGGCUGCGGUGAUGGCAAUCGAGCUUGGUUUGAACCGUCGUAUUUCCGAAAAUAGACGGGCCUUCAACAUGAUCCGCGAGGUAAUCGGUAGAAAGCCGACGAGCCCGGCAUUUGACCCAGAGGGACCGGAGGCAAGGCGGACAUGGGUUGGCUGUUAUUAUUUAUGUGUCCAAGUAUCGGCGGCUUUGAGGAGAGUGCACUUGGUCACAUGGCAGCCGUAUAUGGACGAGUGCCUUGAGAUUCUAGCAAACCACCCGGAUGCGCUACCCUCCGACCGGAAAUUGAAUUGGUGGGCAAAACUGGGAUUGAUAAUGGAGGAUGCUGGACAUCACUUCUCUGCGGAUGAUCCCGAACCCAUCACCACCUUCGCAAAUAGGCCGAUGGUUCACACAGAACAUGUCUUAAAUCUCUUUGUGCAUGGGUCUGCGAUGUGUGUAAACUUCAGCGGCAACCACUCUCCAUCACAGGAUGAUUUACAUAGAUCAUCCAUUGCGGCGGUCACCGAUGGGUUGACCACCGCCAUCCGCUGCAUCCACGAGAGUAUGGAUGUCAUUUGCGCUAUUGAGAGUGACCGACUUAUAUCCAUGCCUACAACAACAUUAGCGCGGACAACAUACCCCGUGGUCAGUUUGAUAAAAAUAUACUCACUGUUCAUGUCGCCGGAUAGUCGAAUCAGGCAGAUUCUCGACGUGCAAAGUCUCAAAAUCGAUUAUUAUCUGGACAAAGUCAUCGCGCAUUACCGGAGCGCUGCGGCGCGUGAUGGUGGCCGCGCAGCAGCGAAAUUUGGAAACAUAAUGGUCCUGCUGCGCAAUUGGUUCAUCAAAAAGCGCGACCAGGGAGAUCAUGGCCGGGAAUUGAAAGAGGUCUUUGCAAAUGGUCAGAAACCCUCCGAUCACCGGCAGACACAUCGGAGCCAUGAUGCCCCGGACGGAGCAUCUGCCAAAUCAAGAACGCAGAUGGCACCGGGCAUGACACCCCUCCAUUUCUUGAGCGAGGUAGCCAUGGGCGACCCAGCGCACCGAGCGAACAAUUCCAACUCUCAAUGCGCAAUAACCGGUCAAUCCUAUCCCUCAAACCACAGCCCAAGCUCGAUAGUCAACCCAAUGCCAACGCUGGGUCCAUCCAGUUUUGGGCCAGACCCGCCUCAACCCAGCUGGUCAUCUGGCACAUCAUACCCAACCACUCUCCCGGGCUCAGACUCGAACCAGAUCGAGACGAGGGGCUACUACCAACCCUACUCAUCCGCCGAACUCACACAUAACUACCCAGAUUUACCGUCGAGUGCCACCCAGACUCAGGGAUACCCGGACAUGUCCACCGUGGCUGGGAUGCAGCUUGCUCCCCCGAUGGGAAUGGCACCGGAGGUAGGCACGGACCCCAAUCCCGGUGAAUCUUGGCUUACGUUAGGGAAUAUGAUGGAUGAGGGACUAUUCACCUUCCCUUUUGAUGGGAAUUUUGGGUUGUUUUAG